AUGAAGCAACAGCAGGGCAUUCUGGAAAAUGCAGCGACCGAAUGGAAAAUCAGAUAUGAACGUCAAAAGGAGAUCGCCGAAGAAGCUCAGAAGAUCGCUGACGACAAAGAAGUCGAAAAGUUCAUCGCGGUUGACGAGCUCAACGAGAGCAUGUCAGAAGAAUCGGCUGAAAGAUCACGUCACUUAGCGGAAUUAAAAGAUCAGUGUGACGAGCUUCGCAAGAAGGCGAACGAAGCUGAACUGAAACGAAACGAAUAUGCAUCCAAGCUCGCCGAAGCGACACAGAAGCUGGCCACAAUGGCAACGGAGAUGCUGAAGCUCAGGAAUGAUCUGAAGCUGAAGGAGGAGAAUAUCGGCAUCCUCCAAAAGGAGUCCCAAGCUCAUCAGAAACGAGCUGAUGAAGCACUUCAAGUAGCGAAGGAGCUCACAGAGCUCGGUGCAACUGAAGGAGAACGACUUAAGAAAGGAAUUAAAGAAGUCAAUGAGGAGAACGAAAAGCUCACACAGGAGAGUCAAAAGUGGCAGGCUCAAGCAUACCGGCUGGACACAAUGCUCGAGGAGAACAUCAGGCUCAAUACGGAGCUGACUGCGAUGGCAACGACAGCAAUGCUGAGAGAAGAUGAAGCCAUCGGCCUGAGAAACCAGCUGAGAUCAGCAGCUGAGGAAUAUACUCGGAUGGAAGGCGAGGUGACUCAGCUGGCCACAAUGAUUAAAAAGAUGGAAAGUGAUACUGAAAAGAUCGUUCAGGAAAAGACAUUCCAACUUCACCAUCAUAUGAUGAAAGUAAAUCUGGAAAACUCAGACCUCAAAAGAGAAAAGGAGGAGUUCCAGUUGAGAAUCAAACGACUCGAAGAUGAAAAUAAAGGUCUCCAAAUGACGAAUAAACAUAAGGAUGAACAGCUCCUACAGUUCGGUGUGAAGAAAACUACCGACGAAUCUCCCCCGCCCAGUUAUAACAAGGCACAGGAAAAAGGAACUGGCGGGAGCGCUCACUUCGAAAUGCCGCUACGAACGGGUGGCGGCAGAGGCGAUCCUAAAAUCGAAAAAGAUGAUGAAGCCUCUGAUAAACGGAACCCGUCGGGUAGUCACCAGCCAUUUAUGAGCUCCGGUGACCCAUCGCAGUCCCAACAGCCAACCGAAACAGCAAUUAAGGAUGACGGAAAUCGGGAUCCACGUUCCCCCCGACAUGAACAUGAUGGGAGAUACUUCCGGGAAUAUCGCAACGAACGAAACGACAGAAAUGAGCGAGACGAGAAUCGUGCCCAAAGAGAGUUCAACCGCUCCAUUAAAAACAUGGGCCGAAAAACCGACCUCGCGACCUUCGACGGCAACCGCGAUGCGGUGAACGGAUGGAUCCGGUUGGUAAAAGAAACCCAACGGACAUAUGAACUGACCGACGAACAUAUCUUAAUCGACAUGGCCAGCGCCGUCAGAGGACCAGCAAAGAUCUGGUUUGAUGGUGAACGGGACAUCGAAGAAGCCGAAGAGGAGGUCUAUACAGUCACCGAAUGGCUUAACAAAUUUAGAGAUGAAUACGGUGAUCGGAAUGAAGAAGUCCUCGGCCUACGCGAAGCCAUGGCCAGGAAAUUUAAACCUGGAAAAGAAACACUGGAACAAUUUUAUCAGGCGAUCAUGUAG